AUGGCCGAAGAUGCGUCGAAGUUCGUUCUUCUGGCCUCACCAAAUUGGUACUGUAGCAGUGUAGCGGACUGCAGUUUGACUCAGAUAUACGCCUUUGGGGCGAGGAACUGCGUGUAUCUUUUGGACGUCAGCUCGGACAAGCCCGUUUUCCACGGACAGCUGGUCGGUCAUACCGAACGAGUGUCAAGCGUGUGUUUUUCAAAGCACAAACUGCACGCGAAUUUUGUGGGUAGUGGCUCCGACGAUAAAACAGUUAAAAUAUGGGAUACAGAGACGAAGCUAAAACUGUUGGAACAUAAGGCGCAUAACGUAAGAAGUGUAAUUUUUUUUUUAAAUUAUAUGUUUAUUUUUAUUUAUUUUCGCUCUGGAAAAUAUUCAAAAUAACCCAUGUGGCAGCGGAGAGUUCACUGAAAAUGAAAGCCUGCUGAGAGUCAGACUCAAAUCCAGCUUACUUCAUUGUUUUAAAUUAUGUUGUACUUUAUUCCCUUAUUCGACUUAAAAAUCUUUUGCGCUUUUGCUGCAACUGCGAAAGAAAAGUCGUCACUUGCUCGUUUUCAACGAGGUUACAGAAACAGCUGAUUAAUGCUACGCUCAUACUAUAACGAAUAGUUUUCGAGCCAGCACAAAAAGCUAUUCGAUAUAGUAUAAGCAGCAAUAGCCUCGUACCGAUACAAGUCGUUCACACAUAUCAAACAAAAUGGGUGCCUUCCAUUCCGGUUUUAGCUGCAAUUUUGAUUGACAGUUAAGUGAACACGUAACAUUGAGGAAUGAACACAUGUGUUUUGAGUCUUUUGCAUUGAGAACAGUUGAGUUAAUAUUUCUGUGUUUUAUUAUGUUGAAUUAGUGUUCACAUUUAACCGUCAACUCCUCAACAUAAUUUAUGCCGGAACAGUUGGCCGAGAGGGCUUGGUGAGCUUAAUCCCAGUCCUACACAUGUAACUUUUCUCUCUGUCGAUUUCUGGUCCUUACUGUUACUUAUUUACUUCCGUGAUAGUCUGAAUUGUUGUUCUCACUACACCAACAUGUGACACAAAACCUACUAUUUAUCCAAUAUGUGACACUCCAUUUUCGAGAUUGGCACAGCUCAGCAUUGCAGAAGCCGUAUCCGUUAUGAUUUUCCUGGUAUAGUGGUAACAUAGCCUAAACAAAAUCCUUCCCCUCCCCCCCCCACCCCCCCCCCCCCCCCCCCCCCUUAUUGUGAAUGGGAGGAGAAGAGGGUGGCAAUCUGAUUCUUAACAGUAAACAAGACUAAAAAUGCUUGGUCACUAAUUUUAUGUUGGAAAUUAAUUCACAUUUUAUAUUGAUAAAAAGCAGAAUAUUCCCUUGGCUGCAAACUAGUUUUACUUUAGCCUGCGAGCAAGCUCUCCUAUUUGGGCAAGCGAAGCGAGCCUCGCGAGAACGCGCGAGCGAGGGGCCGAGGAAAAGAGAGCUUGCAACCAUCUCUCAUAAAUUUUCAUUUCCACCCCGGAAACCCCGGGACUCCGCAAAGCGUGAAAAUUGUCACCGCAAACGUGCGGCAGAUUAGAAAAGUGACAACCGCCUGUCAAGUAAGUUUAGACAGCCGAGGGCGUGUAGAAUUAUUUAUUUAUAAAUCUUUUUCGCAACAGCAUUAAAGCAAUGUUGUUAGUAUCACUGAUAUGUUUUUUUUUUCACGGGGACAUCGAACUUCAAAGUGUCCGCUCGGAUAAGAACUCACUACUUUGAUUCUCGUUUCGUUUACUUUUGAAAGGUGGUCCAUACUGCAGCGUAGAAAACUACUCCCCAUCACAAUCACCAACAAAAACAUCAUAUAUUUGUCCGCCUGGAACGGGAGAAUAGCGUUUCCGGCACUUGGUUCUCGUAAGGUUUAUUCCAGUUGCUUCCAACUCUUUCUCUUUUCCUUCUUUACGAUCAAGCUACACAGCUACACUGUCAAGUACAUGUUUCUGAAUUUUUCUACCCAGUAGAAUUCAAUCGGGCGAAGAAACCGAUGUUGGAAGACAGCGCUUUAAUCACUCUUCACUUUCAUUCUCCCGGUUUUCAGAACUAAACAAGGCGCUUGACACAAAUGAAUACAACUGAUGAAGAGUUUUCAUUUUCCUUCUACAAGAACUACAAACUCGGUCCGACUUAUCCUCAGCACACAAUAUUCUCUUUGCGAGAAUUUAAUUACAACAAACGAGCCCGUCUGCAUUGAGGGCUGAAACAAGUUCUCGGUACCAAUCUGAUCCCCUGAGAACCAAAUUUGACACACAGGCGAAGCGGGUGCCAGCUUGGCCUGUUAUCAAUCAACUUUGAUUUCCGGAACGUCAUUUUUCAGCCAAUGGUAUUUCCCUUCGUCUGGGCGAAGUACAAAUGAAAAUUUGUAAGGGAUGGUUGCAAGCUCUCCUUUCCUCUGCCCCUCGCGGCUUCGCCGCUCGCUCGCGCGUUCUCGCGAGACUCGUUUCACUCGCCCAAAUAGGAGAGCUUGCUCGCAGGCUAGUUUUACUUCAAUGUUUAAAUUUGGAAAAUGAUAUACAUGCAUCAAGCAUCAACCAAUUUCACCGGAUGAAAGAGCACUUUUAAUACUACCCGCUCAAAUUGCACUGGAAAACAAAAUACAUGGGAUAAUUUUAAAGGUUUAGUUUAAAAAGCCAGCUUGAGAAAUCAAGGCCUAAUAUACAUGUACUGCUUAAAAUUGCAUGGAACAGAUUUUGUGAAAUCUCCUCCUAUUUGCAGUGUUUUCCUAGAUAUUUUUAUGUGUAUUUUGUUUUGAUUAAUUUUAUUUCCCCUUUUUGUUUUGAAGGCAAAGGUCACCUGCCUAACGUGGUCUCCUGUAAUCACAGACCUUGUUGUAUCAGGUACAGUAAGAAGAAUUUUUUUUUCUCUUACAGCUACAGUUGAUGUAACCAGCGCACUAUUUAACAAAUAGAUUCCAUGUUGCCGUGCGUCUGUUCAGUAAUAGAUCACAGAUGACGUCAAAAUGUCGUAAAAACAAAGAAGUGGCACAUGAGCCGCAGGCGAGUGUGUCACUGUUGUUUUUACCACAUUUUGACGUCCUCUGUUGAUCUAUUACUGAACAGACUCACAGCAACAUGGAAUCUAUUUGUUUUAUACAAUGAUCAGAAAAGAAAAAGACUGAUAGACAUACCUGCCUCGAACCGCUUGACCUUUUGAGGAUUUGUGCUAGUUUAGGCAUUUUUUAAGUCCCAAACCCAACUUUUCAUCUUAGCGUCUUCUUUAUCUUACUUGUGUACAGUUUCUUCGGAAAGUUUUUCACUGUCUUUUUUUGCUCAGAGAAGAAUAAUAGCGAAAACAUUUUGCAAAACAGCGAGUCUCUCGUAGCAAAGACACACGAUCCGUUGACAACACUUCUAAAGAACAUCAAAUCCGUAACAGUUCAUCAGUUAUCGAAAAAACCAGAGGCAAAGAGGUAAAAAGAAGAAACAUUUAUCGAGGACGAUUUGAAAAAGGCUUGCUUUCACUUGCUUCAAUCUGAAAUAAUCUCACAAACAUUUUCAAAACCGCAUGCCAUGUUGAACAAAACAAAGAAAACAAGUUUCCCGUGACGUCAUCCAUGUAUCUGUACUCUAAUAGAUCAUGGGCAACGACCAAUCACAGCGCGCGUAGCAUUCACAUCAUUGUAUAAAGAUAAAUUGAUGUAUAAUUUCCAUGCUAUGCCCAAUAUAAAGGUGAUGAAAAAGGACAGAUCAUUGCCUGGAGAUAUGAAGAAGGGAAUGUGUUUGGUGGUACCCCUGUGCAGGACCACAUAUUUUCAAUGGCUCUAUCUUACUUGUCUGAAAGUGAACUUGCGGUCGGGUAAGUUAAAGCUCAUUAUUACAUACCACUUAUUAACUGAGGGUGAGGUCAUUACAGGGAAAUCUCAGACCAAGGUCUUGAGGUACAUGUAUUGGUCAACACAUCAAGGCCAAGGUCUGAGAUUACCCUGUAAAAACUGAACAGACAAGGUUAAUAAGUUAUCUAUUGUAUGGCAUUUUCAUUGUAGACCUGAGUCUGCAAUCAAUGAGUUGUACACUUGAGCCCGUGUCGUUUUACAUGUAUACCCAUGACUUAAGUGUCCCUUACAGAAGGUGUUUAUUAAACAUUCUCCCAGGGGAAUUUUGCUAGAAAAAGCUUUCAGCAGCUAAUCCAGUCACUGUCUGGCCAUACAGAGCCAAAACUGCACAAAAUGCCAUUUUUAGGUUGAGUACUUCAUGGCCUUUUUAUCGUUUCCAGAUGAAAAAUUUCAGCUUCCCAAGUUUGAGGAUGCACAGGUCUCCACUUUUAACUUUUCUUUCACCUCCUGUUUUCUUUUGCUUUUCUUGAGCCAUUUUUUUUUCUUUUACUGGGCAUUUACUAGCCUUUAUUUUGGUGAGGAAAGAUUUGCUGUAAGGAGGAACAGGUGGGUAGUGGAACAGGAUUUUCAUUGGCAUUUUUGGGUCAACUUUGCAUGGUCUUUGACUGGAUUGUACUCAUUCUGGCGUGGUUUUAAAGAUCUUUGCACAAGGUAGAGAUGAGACAAAGUAGUCCUUGACCAUUAAAACUGAUGCUGUCACAAUCACUAUGAGGGAUGUGGAUCCACACAGGCAGGCAAUUGACUUUUUGGACCACAAAUAACUUGUCGUGACAAGUUUAAUGGUACCAUAAGCUAAUUUUUAGUAGGCCACCAAAGUGCAUUGUACACUGUAAAUGCUACAUGUAAUAUGUACAGUGUAGGUACACUGACUCCGUUGAAUUUGAGGAGAAAUCAAUAUUGACCAAUGUUGACUGGCAUUUCUAUUCUGUUUAUAUUUCUUAGGUACAAGAGUGGUCUAAUAUUGUUGCUGAAUGUGUCAAGUGAGGGAGGUCUCACAAUCAUACACAAAUUGCAAGGACACUCCAGUGAAAUUCACAGCCUGGCUUUUUGUCCUACCCCCAAAGAAAACAUUGAUUUUGGUACAUAUUACAUGCAUUUUUAAAAAAAUCCUGCUUCUGAUGUAACAGUCUUUGUUGUAUGUUUUAAUCCGUUCUCACGGUAAACCAGAAUUUUCUUUCUUUGCUAUGAAUCGACCCUUUAAGUCCCCAUGGUGUCCAACAUCAAUUUUCUCCUAACCAUAUCUAUUGAUUGUCAAGAGAUUUGGUUAUGAGAAUUAAUAAAUUGAUCACCUAAUAGAAAAUCUUUGAUCUUUCAUCAAAUUCUCUCAACUUAUCGUUUAAGAAAAAGUAUAGAGAUCAGUUUGGAGAAUUUGUAUGUGGAUAUUGGGGCUUAAAGGGUUAAUGGGGCUAAGAAGACAAAGGUACAUGUAAUUUCUGAAGCAAACUAACUUGAGAACUGAUUAUUUCCACAACAUCACUGUUAUUAAUAAGGGCCUGUCAAAAAAGGCAUAAGUGAUUACUGAUAAUUACUUUUAGGAACAGACUUCUAAGCAGCCUACAGUUAAAAUGGUACUGUACCUAACAAAUGUAUGACCACACCCCUAACCAUAUUUCUGGUCACAUUUUUUUUAGCAAAAAAAUCUUUUACCACACAGUCACUAAAUUAUUUCUGAAAACCUCUUUAAUACAAUACGAGAACCUUGCUUAUUUUACCAGAUUUUAUUUCUGCAUGAGUGGUAUCAAUCAAAAGAGGAUUUCACAUCAAACAGUUGCUGCAAAAUUUUUAGCUUACAUGUACAGUUUGUAUCCCUGUAAUUGAUUUUUUGGAUGGGAAUGCCAAACAAAAUAAGCUAGAAGAUUGUAAGCUAGAUCAAAAAAAAUGAGAAUGGUUGCUCGGUACAUCUACAAGGUUAUCUGUACUAAGUGUCCGGAGCAAAAUUCUCGAAUUUUUCAGGUCCACUGCAGGACAAGACAAAUGCCGCUAAAGGGCACUUGUUAGUAUCUGGAAGUAGAGACCAAACAAUAAGGUUAUGGGAUACAGCACAAGGCAAGGUACUAUCAGUCAAACAGUUACCAAAACGAUCAGGACAGAGAUGGAAAGAUAAGCAUGAUUCACACUGGGCCAAGGACAGGCUGUGGCUGAGUCUGUGUUGGCCUGUAGCAUCACCUGGCCAUGUUAUUAGUAGUGGACAAGGGUAAGUAGAAUGGUAUCAAUUCCAGGUAAAUUUUAAAUUUUAAAUAUCUUAUUAUCCACUCCCCUUAGGGCUUUUCAGGGAUAAUUUACAACACUGGUUGGGGCACUUUGCCAGACUGCUUAAGGUGCAGUUUACAAGUAAUGAAGGAAUGAGUAAUGAUGCCCCCAUUUAUGAGUGUGAAAGUGGGAUAGACUACUACACUGGGCACUAUGUGCCCUGCUCUUCACGAAGAGUAUGUGUGUUCGUUAACAUCCCACAGAUUUAUUACAUGUGCAAGGGCAUGGAGACGGAGCCUACGGUUUAUCAUCCUUAUCUGAGAAGACUAGAAAGUCUAACCGUUUGCUGAUGUUAUUACAAAGGCAGCACUAUCUCUUCAGUUAUUUAAAGACCCUGAGAGUUGGUUCGGCCUGGGUUUGAACCUACAGCCUCCCGCUCAGCAGACAGGCGCUAAUCCCAUUGAGCUAACUGGGUGGCAGUAAUAAUGUGAUUGUCAGCAACAUUUUUCUGCUUCCUGAUUAGGCCAUGUGGGGAGAACCCUCAUUUGCUGAUUGGGAGACAUGGACUCAAACCCAGUCCAGCCCAACAACCAGGGUCUUAAAGAACCUGGCGAGAUCAUCAGGAGACUGUGUUAUUGUUGGCCUUAUCUCCUUCAUCCUUUCUUAUCAAUGGAAUGGGACGUAUGUGUAGAAGAAACCUCACUCUUGUUCUAAAAGAGUAGGGGAGGUAGAUACUGGUGGUUUGGACCAUUUCUUUUAUGGGGGAGGGGACUGUUACAAGCCCACAGUAAUUCGCUUCUUGCCAUUGCAGUGACCAUUCAUAAAAAAAAAUACAUUUUGUGAGGCUUCUCUUUUGUUGAAAAGGAAAACACAUUGAAGUGUCCAUCAGAUCUGCCCAGCUGAGAAAAAGGCUGGCUGAACUCUGACAAAAGCACGCACCAAUACUGACUGUUAACUUUUUCAGCAAUAGAAAACGUUUUCUGUUUUUGCAUUGCCUGAUAUAAACACGAGAGGGGUUGGGAGAAUUCGAGACAGUUAUGCAAACCCGACACGAAGUCGAGGGUUUGCAUAACCAUCAAGAAUUCUCCCAACGCCUCGAGUGUUUAUAUCAGGCUAUGCAAACACUGGAAAAAAGUUUUCUAUUGCUUUUUCUAAAAUAACUUUCCGAGAAAAAACGCAAAACUCUUUGUAUGGUACUGAUUAAAAGAGAAAUUCUUACCAGUCGCAAAGUCUUGUCCACAAAGUCUUGCAUGCGUAAUCAGUUCUUGUUUUCAAAAAGAUGCUUUCAAAAAUAUGGACUUUUCUCGCUUAAAAUGUCAGCUUACACGAAAAAAAUUGACACACCUUCUUUGUAAUGAUUUUCUAAGUUUCAGCUGGCGAGGGAAUGGGCAAAUAAAGUAAACUUGUUGAGUUUUGAACUCGAAAACUUUUUCAAAUUUGUGCUUGUGUGAUUAGCGCGUGAAAAGCAAAACAUCUUGACGCCACAACCAUGUUUACAUACUCUCAUGCAAACACUCCUCUCAGCCAAUCAGAACAUGCGUACUAUCUUUGUUGUUUUAUAAACAUUUAUUGUAUGUUUGUUUUUUUGUAGAGGAGAACUUCUAUUGUGGGAUUUAAGCAAAGAAGGUAAAGAACAGUGUCAGAUGUUUGGCCUAGGUCACUCCAGAAUUGUAUUCAACAUCAGCUGUGAUGUGGGUGGAACUAGAAUAAUGACGGUUUCUAUGGAUCGACAGGUGCAGUACACUUAUUAGCACAAGUAGUAUAAUUAGUGAUCAUUGUAUGAGACUGAGUUUGAUCAGAAACCCCUUAUGGGUUUCUGGUUUGAUACAAAGAGUUACACAAAAUUGGAUGAAAAAACAUGGCCGAUUAUAACAAAUUUUCAUCUUUAUGUAUUCCCUGAUAUAUUUAUUAAUGCCAACUAAGUAAAAGCUCAAACUUGGAAGGUAUCCUCCCAAAAAAAUCCAGUCAAGCCACCUUAAGCCAGAGAAAAAAUUGUGAAAUAAAUUAUGUUGAAUAAAUUAGUAAUAAUUAGUCUUUUAAACAAUGGGGGAAUUUGUCAAGGUCCUUCCACAGAGUAAACUGGUGAAACAGUUCUUAAACAUUAAAACGUUAAUCCCGGCUGGAAAGGAGUCAGAUUGAGGUCACAUUCUUGAAAAUGCUUAUCUGACGUUUUUAAGACUAUCUCAGAAUUUCUCAGCUGUGAUUAUAAUAAUAGGGGACAUGUUUAUCACAUAUUAUAGGAUAUUUUUGUCUAUUCACUCGCAGAUUGUGAUUUGGGAUCCUCAACAUUUGCGCAGUCUCCACACCCUCCCCACCCUUGGUGGUUUUGCAUAUUCUGUGGCCAUCUCUCCCCUUGAUCCAGGUACUCUGGGUGUAGGGGUAGGGGACAACAUGCUUCGUGUUUGGCAAACGAUGUCUUCAAUGGGGCCUUAUGAAACCUUGACUCUGUGGCAGGGUAUUAAGUCCAAAGUCAUGGUGGUAAGUAGUAACAUUAACUAACAUAUUGUAAGUAUGCACGUGUCGGACACGUGCAUAAACCUUCUGGGUAUAUUUCUUUACCCGUCUCUGCGCAACUUCUUUAAGGACCUUCAAGUUAAGGUAGAUCUCCACCGUCGCGUGAUUUUUACAUACGUAAAUUUAGUUUGCGCGCGUAAAUAAAAUAGAGGCAAUGAUGAAGUGUUAAGCGAGUUUCAACUUUUACAUUAACGUGCGCCUUUUCAAACAUUACCCCUAUUUUACUUACGCAUGUACUGACGCGUAAUAUUUACGUGCAUGCGCACGUACAUUUUACGUCCGUAAAUAAAAUAGAGGUAAUGCAUGGAAUGUCACUCGUAAACAUAAAAGGUGAACCUCCCUCAGCUUUUACGGUUUACGUCUAUUUUAUUCGCGCUUGUAAAAUUUACCUGCGUACAAGUUUACGUACGUAAAAAUUGCGCGACAGUGGAAAUCCAUCCGUAUACAGGCACGCUAGGUUAAAAAUGUUGGUACAACAAUUGAAAGCAAUGUGGGAACGCUGUGUUGCGCUGAAAAUCUACGUUGCGAAUUGUUCCCUGUAACGUCGCCUUAAUUAGAAAACAACAACUCGGCACGUGCAGCACUGUUUUUGGUACACUUCUUUGCCCUCACUGCAGACUACCAAAAAAAUUUCGUGAUUUAAUUUUUGAUUUUUGGCUUUUGUUUCUGUUUGUGGUGGUGGUGUCCGAUAUCACAAGCACCACCAUCUGCUGUAGCAGUGGCAGAGAAAUCGUGGUAGUACUAAGUCAAGGUUUUGUGGUAAAGAAGAGUAUCAGCAGUAGCGAAAGAAAAUCAAGUCUUAGACCCUGUUUACAUGGAGUGGGGGACCCCGGUCUAGUGGGGUAAGUUUCUUUUGUUUUGUGUUCCCCAGAGCGUGAAAACAAAAGAAACCAACCCCACUAGACCGGGGUCCCCCACUCCAUGUAAACUUGCCCUUAGGCUACGUUCACACGCACAAGACGAACUUUCAGCCAGUUGAAAAUUCAUGCGUUUAGGUGUUCUGUUCACACGGGACCACCUUAACCGCACGAAAGUACUCGUAGCCGUUCAAAGUUUUGAAAGGAGCAAAAUUAUUGAACGAUCCCCUGUGAAUGAAGUGUCCGGCGGAAAAUUCGUCCGAAAGUGGACUGCACCUGGAAACUCGCUCCUCCAUGCACACACACUGCGCACUGCGCACAUACGAACUAAUUAACGUGAGAGUAGAUCAUAAACAAUAUUAAGUUUUUGUUGCUUGCUCUAUUCUAUAGGUUAAGUGGCAUCCUCGUAAGGAAGGCCUUCUUGCUUUUGGAGCUGAUGAUGGACAAGUUGGAGUUUACAACAUCAUCAACAAGAGGUACUGUACCCGCACAGUGCAGCACAAGGAUGAUCCGUCUUCAUAAAGACAACGAGGCGGUUUUCAUGUUGGACGAAUAAUCUGUCUGACUUUAUCCGUCAGUUAUCCUUCUGAGAAACGGCCAUUCUUUACUACCGGGAAAAACUCUUUGUUUGACUGUUAUCCCUUCCCAUGUCCCGAGAGGAUUAGCACUGAGUACUCUUAGGGCCAGUUGUUGCCCGUUUCAUCGAACCUUAAGAUGUAGUUGCGUUUUUUAUAGUUUCUUUUUGUAGUCCAGUCUUUGUGGCUCCUGCAUGACAUACUAUAAACUCAGCUUUCAGAAAUGUUUUGAUUUAUUUUCUUGUAGAGCCGAGAUGUCUGCAACAUAUCACAAGAAGACGGUGUAUUCUCUCUCCUGGGGACCACCUUGCCCUAAAGCAGGUAUUUUUAGUUAUUUCAGCCUACGCCCAUCCUGCAGCAGUUUCAAAGAUUGCAGCAUGUUUUGGUAAAAAGUUUUCGGAAAAGAUGAAGGGCCUCAGCUGUAUGACCUCUUUUUCGUUCAUUCGUUCUGAAAUAACCAACCUGACUAUAGCAAGCCUGCACCUGUCCAUUUUGUCGAACUGUGCUCAUUUGACGCAUAGUUAACUUAUUAUUUCGAGAUGACCACUCCCUUGUUCACCUUGUAGGUGUUUUUUUAGUUGCCUGCACAAAUGUCUGAUUGAUCCAGCUUCGAAGAUAAUUGAAGUGGAAUCAGCUGAUUUCUCCGGUUUUGUUUUGUUUGUUUUCCUUGCAAACGUAAACGCUCGAGAGUUCUACCUGCCCGCUACUAAAUUGCCCUUUGAAAUUGGUGUGCAGGAUAUAGCGUAAGUCGAUACUGAUGUUUUGGCGCCGACAUGAUUCGCGGCUUUAGGUGUUCCAUUAUUGUUAUGAAAUCGAUUGUGUUUAGCUAAACAGAUCUAAAAGUUAUAUUUUGUUAUUUUUGUUGUUGUUGUUAGGUAAUGAAGACAGCACCACUCACAAUCUGUACAGUUGUGCAGGAGAUGGGAGUGUCCUGCAGCACAGAACUGGACAUUUCAUGGAUGACCCUGUGGACGUUAACGCUCUGAUCUUGAAAACUAACAAUCUUAAGGUACAGUGUGAGAAUUUAUUANGUUAUGAAAUCGAUUGUGUUUAGCUAAACAGAUCUAAAAGUUAUAUUUUGUUAUUUUUGUUGUUGUUGUUAGGUAAUGAAGACAGCACCACUCACAAUCUGUACAGUUGUGCAGGAGAUGGGAGUGUCCUGCAGCACAGAACUGGACAUUUCAUGGAUGACCCUGUGGACGUUAACGCUCUGAUCUUGAAAACUAACAAUCUUAAGGUACAGUGUGAGAAUUUAUUAAAAGCCGUUUCUAUAAAAAUGUGGAUCGUAGAAAGUCGAUACAAGACUGACCUCAUGUUAGCUGCAACGGAAUGCAAGGUUUUUCUUAGCAGAUGUGUUUCAGUCAUGUAUUGUUUACGGAAUACGUACUUAAUACUUGCCAAUGACAUACAUUCAUGACAACCUGCAGAAACUUGAACGUUUUUGACGUCGAGUUUUAGACAAAAUACAGAACGCAGCUAUCAGUAUAGGUACGAACACCAGCUUGUAAACGACAAUUUUCGUUGUCCCGAUGUAAACGCUUGUACAUGUAUAUUUUCUCGUAAAUUAGCCCGCUCAAUAUUAACAAGAGGUGGUACAGACAACAGACACGUUGCCUAACCGGCCUUAGCCUGCGAGCAAGCUCUCUAUUUGGGGGAUAUCGUGAAAAGUAGACGCGCGAGAGGCACGCGAGAGGAGACGCGACAGCCGCACGCUCGUGCGUGCCCGCGCGGCUCGCUUCGCUCGCCCAAAUAGGAGAGCUUGCUCGCAGCUAGACCGGAGUGAGACGCUAUUUUAUUACAAAAACUACUGACACUGGUCAGCUAGUCUGCUACACAGCCGUUUUUAGUGUCAUCACGCAACGCUCCUCCUCUGUGGGGAGGAGCGUUGCGUGACGACACUAAAAAGGGCUGUGUAGCAGACUACUGGUCAGCCUGACUGAUGCUCUACGCCCUGUAUACGUCUUACCGGGAAGUUCGGGUUGUUGAAUGUUAAACUUGAAAUGAGAGGCCGUGCAAGAUCGCAGUGUUUGAAACGCUGAUGCGGCGAAGUAUCAGUAAUUUGAAGUACACUAUAUUUCAAACGAACGAGAUAAGGUUUCUCCUCCUUGUGUAGUAUCAGUAAUGGUACAGCCACACGACAUCACAGACCUCUGUUUCCGUUUACUUGUACGGGUAAAUUACUCGUACCCAUAGCUGUAAACACGGGUAACUUAAACGGCUAGGUGGCCUGGUAGAGCGGUGAUGCCAUUAUCACAACUGGAAAUCAUAAAUGCCUUUUCUACAACUACGUGCAAACAUGUUGGCCUACUUGUAACCGUAUGGAACAACAGUGUAUCUUGAGGUCUCUAUCGUUCUCUUGCUUUUAUGCUGUGCAAUUUAAUCUUUGUAUCAAUAUACGGUAUAUGUUAUAUGGACACUUUGGCCUGCCCCUUUAGUGUGUUAAUUCAGCGAGUCAGUUCUGUAGUUAGGGCAUCAAUUUUUUGAGGGGUGGCGUUUACAGUGUAUUAUUGUUCUUGUGUUGUUGCGAGAACAUUUGCUUUGCCUUUUUGAUCUCAAAAUAUAUGACAAAAACAUACAUAUCUGGGACUCCCUUCACUACCCUACUGACUUUUUUACCCCUACUUCCAAAAUGUGUACGGACGGUGUACGCUGACGUCAUAACCAAUUCUCUGGCAUCGCUAGGUUUCUAGUUCUAAAUUUCUCUCCCAUGAUAGCUAUAGGGCUCCGCUAUAAGAAACAAAAUUGUAUAGUUUCAUAUCACGAGUCACUUUCAUUAUAAUACUCUUAAGUAAUGAGUUUUAUAAAUUUUACGUUAUUGCUCGUAUACCCACAGCACAAGCCAUUUGGUCGCACAGAUGUGUCUUGGAAUCUAGAUGGUACAGUUUUGGCUCUGGGGAAUGAAGACGGGUGAGUUUUUUGAUAUAUGACUUUUCGAUUAAGGUGUAUUUUGUUCCGUAGCAGAAUUAACACAUCCAGUACUGGCGAUGAAAUAAUUUCCAAAUUCACCGUGUACAAGAAACUAUUCCAGAUGCCCAUCUUUGGUGGCGAUUCAAAUCUGUCAAAACAUAGCUGGCCAAAUCAGUCAUUAGAGAGCUUUAAAUUCUGAGACGAGGACGACUACGAGUACGAGAUUUUCUCAAUAUUAAGUAUUGUUCACGGGUGAACAUCAUCAUCCCUGAUGAUGCCGUUGAUAGGCCAAAGCUUGGAUUUCAAUUUAAUUUUUUUAGAACAGCAGUUUAAGGCAAUCAUGCUGCUGAAGGAAAACAUGAACAGAUUAUCAGUCAUUGUUUUUGAUUUAUCAAUGUAGGUCAAUUGAAGUGUAUGUACCUCCUGACUUGAUGCAGGUGGCUAUAAUUAUUACCCACGAGAAAAGUAUCACUACGCUUGUAUGGCAUCAUGGAUACAGCGAGCUUAACACCUCAGGUAAAAAUAAUGUGCUUUAUUUUUUACCAGUUUGACUCUGAAGAUGACCACCGCACAGGCUGUCGAAACGUCACUCACUGUGAACAACAGGAGUCCUUUUCAGGACUACGUUCACCCGUACGACGAGGGUCCCCAAUAGGGUUCUUCCAUCCCGUAAUCCCGACCCAAAAUUUCGUGCCAUCCUGUAAUCCCGAGGGUUAUUUUUGGCUUCCCACCUCCCUCGCAUACUCCCUCGCCCCGGUUUUGCUUUAAAAUCUCGAAUCCCGAGCUUCAAAUAAGGGAAAUCCCGGAUCCCGAAAAACCUUUUGGGGGUCUUUGACGAUCGUAUUCAACCUACUUAUGAAAUGACUCCUGGGGUCAAUCCUUUCACAGUGUUUAGAGGAUAAAACCUUGUGGGGUUGCUAAGUAGCCUGCGUGGCAGCCGCAAAAAAAGGGGGAGGGGGAGGAGAGGUCAAGAAAAUUGCAGGGAUAGGGGAGGAUCCCUUUUCCACUCUCGCUUCCUCCCCCUCCCUUUCGACACCGACCACUCAGGGCACCGCGUUAUCGGAACGCUGGACUCUUUAUCCCGUGUUGCUGGUCUCACACCGAUCAUCAGCUGGAUUUGUUCAAAUCCUGGACCACCCUUGAAAUUACCCACCUGGUUGCUUUUUAUCAGUUAGGAUUCUUUUCUGGGAAGCACGUUAGGGAAUUUUGCAUAGGAGCAGGGGGGAACCAGGGGAGGGGCCCGGGGGACCCACCCCCCCCCCCCUCCCCUAUAUUUUUACAGCAAACUAGGGCCCGAAGGGCUGGGAAAAAAUUUUUUGGAGACCGGGUCCCCCCAUUUAUCCAAGGGUCUGGAUGACAGGGCUCCCCCCCUUAUCUCAAGGUCUGGAUCCGGCACUGAGGAGUUUGCUGCUGUAGCCUUCAAACCCUGAUCUUCUUAAGGGCAUUUAUUACCCCUCCCUACUCAAGACAAGAGUCCUCUUUAUGACUCUGAUUCAUUAUAUUUCGCUUACAGAAUAGGCCAUUUGCACUAAGAGGUCAUGUGACAUCGUUUUUAUUAAAAUGAAAGAUUAUAAUUAUGAUUUUGCCUUCGAAAAACGAUUAGGGCGUCAUAUCUUAAACAAAAUAAUAGUUAUUUGGUUUUUCAAACCCGCACCAUUUUCUUAAAAUGAGUAAGGUCAUAGCUGGUCACGUGACCAAAAUGUGAUUUUUAAAAUUAGAAUUACCUCUUUCUGAAAACAAAUUUUGCGCUUAAACUUCAAGGAAAAUGUUGAAAAGAUGACGUGGUAGCGUUUACAGCACAUCUUAGCGUAACUAUCACACGUUUAACAAGAUAUAAGCAAAAAGGUCAAAACCGGCGGUACAACCUCCCGUUCUCAUACGGGAGGUUGUACCGCCGGUUAUGUUUAGUAUGAUGAAACAACUUUUUAGUUUCACGGUAUUUUAUACUCCCUUAAAUCCGUUUUCUCUCAAAUUUCGGGUGUACGAGAACUUUUAUGUGCUCUGUCAAUUUUUGGCAUCAGCAAAAUUCCAACUCAUUGUUUAAAGGAAGCAUUGGUCACGUGACCUCUUAGUGCAAGUGGCCUAUUAAGUAUUGGACAUCAUAGAAUUAGAUAGACCGCGCACUAGCCUGUUCCAGGCUCUCAGAUGGUGGGGAAGAUGCGGAAGACUGGGCAAGACGCGAAACUGAAAUGUACGCGAAAGUGGGUAUUUUCAUGUUCGCGCUUUCUCAAUACCCGCGGACCGGACUAUCUCGGAACCUGGAACAGGCUAACCGCGCCUCGCCGGUCUAGAACUAUAUUCAACAUAGUGAAAUUUUUUCCUCUCAACACCCAGAAAACCAUACCCUGUUCGGCGGCACAUACCCGUUUGGGACAAAAAAGAGAGCCCCCCCCCCCACACUCCGUUGGGGAGGGUCUUAGCCUUGUUAUCAGUGGCGAAUAAUAAAAUCGAAUAGGUAGGUGCAUAUCGUACUUACGUUUUCUUGGACAAAUGAAUUUUAUAUCUGGAUGACCUAAAUAUGAGGUUUACCUGUCCGAUAGAGAAGUGGAACGGAAAAAAGAUUCUUUUGCUCGGUACUCUGAUAUUCCAUUUUCUUGUUAGGCUUAACUGUAGAUGAAAGUGGAAGCUGUAAGUACUGGCUGGCUUCAGGAUCUAACGAGUCCACGAUACAUGUCCAUGAUCUGAGCAGUUUGCUGGGUACGAUGUGUGUGUGUGUGUGUGUGUGUGUGUGUGUGUGUGUGUGUGUGUGUGUGUGUGUGUGUUUUUACAUGGUGACGUUAUCGGCCUGUCAACGAUUUAAUCGCUGUUGAUUUUUUAAGCCUUGUUGUUCCUCUUUUCUAGGAGUAAACUACGAGAGACGCAGUUCAUGCAAAUUGACACAUAUCGUUAAUGCAUCUGACCUUUAUUUCGCUCAUUGAAAAGAUUUGGGCUCAAGUAGAAUGAGUUUCAUAUUUCAGGGGGUUGAAUUCGUGGGACCGUUUGCAAGUUCAGAUAGAGAAAGAAGAAAAUUAGCUCUUUGUUCAAGUUAGUCAGGAAUCCUCGUGUUAGUUUUAGGAGAGAACGACACAGUUUACUGCAUCAAAAUUUAAACUUUCUUCACAGAGGUAUUGGUUUCCCAUUGUUAAACAAUUUGCCUCGUACCGUUCUCACUGUUGCCGGCGUCCUAACUGCAACGUUCUCUUGAUAAAAAAGAAAAAAACAUAAAAUUUCCCUUGUAUGUUAUAGAUUUUUAAAAUUAAUGAUUUCAGCUUGAAGACGUACUCCCAUUUAUCGUUCCAGUAACUAAUAUGUUUCUACUGUUUACAAUCAGGUCAUUCAUCCGGCCCCAGCCCUCGAUCCGCUCCCCUUACUGACUCUUUUCGACAGCUGCCAGGUCACUCAGGCCGUGUCACGUGUUUGAGCUGGAGUCCACACCAGUCGGAAUUGCUGCUAUCUUCGUCGUAUGAUGGGACUGCCCAGGUACGAAAACAACGUGGCUUUAAUGUGGGAAAAGGUGUUUUUUGUACUAAAUAUUUUAUGUGUUUCAAAUGCCAGUUAGGGAAACAAUUUCAUCUGGAGUAAGGAAACUCCUCAACGAAAGAGAGUGGUCGUACAAGUGGAAAACGACUUCCCCCUACAACCACCCUCUCUUCUCUCCCCCACCCAAUGUAACCCAUGAUAAGCCAACUUUCAAAUAUUGUUAUAUUCACACGCCUCAAAGUAAUGUUUUGUUCAUGGUAAGGGGAAUUUUAUCCAUCGUUUUGCUAUGGUGUCUUCUAUUAAAAGAUUUCACAAAUCUAUCUUCAUUUCGCCUUGAUAGAUCAAUAACUUUUUUGUCUCUAUUUCAAGGUUUGGGAUGUAAAGAAAGGAGAACCACUGUACAACUUCCGCGGGCACAGCAGCCGUGUGAUGUGUGUAGUGUGGAGUUAUCUCGAUUCUGACCUUGUGUACAGUGGUGGAGAGGAUGGUACUGUACGGCCCUGGAGACCGUCACUUCAGCAGAAUCGACAGCCACCGGUGCCAGGUACCCUGAGAAUUAAAACAGAACUGAAUGCAAGGCUGGUAAUAUGGCAAAGGGGUGAUUUAUUUGAGGUCAACAAAACUAGCCUUACUCAGGGCCAGAGCUACAAUGAAAGGGAAUACUGCUUCCUGAGGAUGCUCAGCUCUUGGCGUCCAGUUUGUAGGAAAUUUGCAAAAAGGAGAGUUGAAUAGAAAAAACAAACAAGCUAAAAACAACUAGAAGAAAAAACGGCAAAAGACUACUUUUUAGCACUUUCUACUCUCUGAAUGCCUGGAACAGGCCACACUGAAGACAUCUCUAGCCCCUCAGAUUGUGAAAAACAGCACUGAGAAAAAUGCGCGGAAAUUAUGCAUUACGUGCUAAAAGACAAAAAAGAAAUCGCAGAUUGGAAUUUCAGCGCCUAAAUUAUUCGCUUUCAGUCGCUCAGUUUUCUGUGAGUGGCUCCUCCAAUUCCGAUCUAAUCGCCCAUUUGUUAGGAAAUUUGUCAUAGGAUGAUAAUUAGUAACUGUUUUCAGCAAGCUCAUGAUUCUGACCCCCUAGUAAUUUUUUUGGAACAGAAAAAUAAAAAGAAUAUUUUAAAGACUGUUUACGCGGUUUUAUGACAGUAUUACUGUUGAAUAGUGUGUCUAAUCCAAUUUUUUUGUCCAUUUUAAUACAGAAAAGAAAUCGUCUCAUUCUACAAGCAAGUCCUCAAAGAGCAAAAAGAACAAACACAAGCCAAAAGGAAAGACAGAGACUACAGAAGUUCACACUGAAUCUUGGCGGGAAGAAAGAGAACCCAAACCUGACAGCAAUGGAGUGAGGACUGCCCAGAGUCAACAGAACAGAAGGGUUAAAUCACAAGAAACUGAAGUAAGUUUUUACUUGGAGCCGAACGAACCCCAGUCAAACCUCGAUGACGAGGCUACAAGCGAAAAAGGUGAGAUUGUAAAAUCCCAGCAGGAUGGGAGGGAAAGGAAAGCAAAUUUGGAAGAAAAUGAGGAGAAGAAUGUGAAAGAGAAUGGAGACGAAGUGACACGUGCAGCUGAGUUGAAGGGGGAGGAACCUGAAAUUGAAGAGAUGAAUCCACCAGAGAUGAAUUCUCCCGAGAUGACCAUGACUGAACAGAGGAAGGCUGGUAUGGUGUUUCAACAAGAGCCAGUUGUUCCCCUGCGUUCCAGAGGUAAACUGGUUUCUUUCAUGUUGUCAAAACUUAGAACACUGAUUUUAUUCACAGACAUCAUACAAGGAAGUAGCUUUGUCAGGCAGUCGUUCUUAGAGCUACGAUACACGUCCUGUCACGCGUUCCUUGACGUGUGACGAAGCCCCAAGGACGUCUGUGUGGGAGACUAACAAGGAAGAAUAUCCUAGCAAAUACUGGCAAGUGUAAACCGUUUGAAUACGUUUCAUUCUUCAGUCACACUUGAAGCAUCCGCAUCCUCCUCCUCCACAAAGAUGUUCUUAGAGCUUCGUCACGCGUUCCAACACGUUUCUUAACGCGUAACGAAGCCCUAAGAACGUCCGCAUGGGAGACUAAGAAGGAAAAAUGUCCUUGCCCAUACUGGCAAGUGUAACUCGUUUGAAUACUUCUCAUUCCUCAGUCACGCGUGAAGCAUCGUCAUCUUCCUCCUCCAGAUGUUCGUAGAGCUUCGUCACGCGUCACGCCUUCCUUAACGCAUGACUAAGCCCUAAGAACGUCUACGUGGGAGACUAACGAAGAAGGAUAUCCUUGCACAUACAGUAGCUCAGUAACUCGUUUGAAUACUUUUCAUUUCUCAGUCACACUUGAAGCAUCCUCAGCUUCUUCCUCCAAGAAAAAGAGAAAAGUCAAAUCUAUGUUGCCACUGUCUGCUGUUGCUGACAACAAAUCCAAAGCAGCAGCACAAAAAGAAUGCGUGGAGCUGGCAAAGAUUAUCUACGGUGAGGUCAUGCUGAAAAACCUCAACCCCUCGGAGAGGGAUGUUGUUCCGUACUUAUGUCAUGUUCUAAAUUCUCAAAGGUCUUGAUAGAACGGGUUUAGUGUGAGUUGACCACGAAAUAUAUUUCGCCUUAUUUUCGAUGGGCUCUUUGCAGCUAGUCACUGAGUCGCUUGGUACAAAAUGCACCAUGCUGGAGAACAGGAAAUGCACUUAGACAAGCAAACAAUGAAGAUUAACGUUUUGUGUUAUGAGAGCUUUUUGUUUGUCUUAUCCUAGUGCGUUGCCUGUUCUCCAGCAGGGGUUUUUUUGCCACGUGACUGAUCAGCUGCAAAACUGCAAACCAGGGCCUAUAGACCUCUUUCAUAAUAGCGGCCUAUUAAUAUAUUAUUUUAUAUGUACGAUAAUUAGCCUUUUUGACCUCGUUAGCAUGUGUAAAAUACAAAAUAAUUCUUACUUUCAAACGAGGUCAGAAAGGCUAAUUAUCAUCCAUAUAAAAGAAUAUAUUAAUAAACCGCCAAUUUGAAAGAGGUCUAUUGUUCUACUCAGUGAUAUUCGUGCCGCUUCCUCAACUAAUCAGUGAUUAUACCGAAACGAAUUGGCGCCAGUGAUAUUGCUUUCUUAUUUAAUAAAUCCUUCAUGCCGCUUUUCGAGUCAUUAGGUUAGCUAUUUAGCGAGACAAUAACAGAAUUUUUAAGAUGCUUGCUAAUGAUGAUGGCAGGUGUACUUGGGUUUCCCACAAUCACUGAUUACGUAGAGAGACCCGCGCCAGUACAUUAUGGAGGUCUACUUGAGAUAUCUGCUAAAGUCAUAUCCAAAAACUGGCUUCGGUCUGUGAUUAAUUUUAAUUAACUCGACAACGUUUUUUAAUAACCUACUUAUCUGUCAGGUCUAGGUCAAGCUGAUGAUAAGAGUUCAGAUGUUUCAGGUGCACACAGCAUUGCUGGCUCAGAGGAACUUGUAAACCUCGGGUUAUUUGCUGAUAGGUGUGGAGCUUACAGAAUGCUUGCCACCGAGGGUAUUUACACCCUUUUAAUUCGAGUCCUUUUUUUCUUUCUGAUUAGCAAUGUCAGGCUCUGAUUUUUCUAUUGUCUAGUUUCUUUGAAUUCAGUUUCAACCUUGUCACUUUGGGAGGCCUAAACAAUAUUAUAAACUAGGAAUACAUUAGCUUGUCUCUUUGCAGCUAUGGACGGACAAAUACAAAUAUCUCAUUAUCCACUCCCCCCGAGGCUUUUUAUGGAUAAUUUAUAACAGUGUGUGAGUGAUCGGGGAGACUUUGCCAGACUCCUGGUAGGAGCAAAUGGCUCGCUUUUGUUUUACAAUCAUGAGUUAUGAGUGCCCCUCUUGUAAAUUGGAACUAAGAUAAACUGAAGAGAAGCUCUUCACUGAUAGAGGUUUCUUUUUUGUCACUGGUGCUUUUUGCACGUCCCACUGAUUCUAGUGAAAGUACUCUAAGACCAGCCCUACGCUUUUUCUUCUCCAUGCGAGUAGACUAGAAUCUCUGAUUUCUUUUUGUAGGUCAGCAUCACGAAGAGAGUGGUAACCUUGACUACAAACUUCAGCUGGAGAUCUGGAAAGGGAAUUUAGGUGGAGCGCUGGAGAUGGCUACUAAAAGCAAACAGCUCAAUGACUGGCUUGUGGCUCUCAGUCCUCUAGGUAGCACGGUAUUCCUUUGUUACAUAAUUUGCGUCCACUUAAAGCUUAAUCUUACCAUUUCAAUUUCAGCUCAACAACAGCAACAACAACAACCUUUAUUCCCUAUUCCAAAACUCUAAGAGGAAUGAAUACAAGCUUUCGGCGCAAUGAUUUCUGGGAUGGUUUGGGUGGGCAAGUGAUGCCUAUGAUUGGUUAAUAAUUGCCGUUAAUAUCAUCGACCAGUCAUAACUAACGUUUGUGCACCCAAGCGAUCCGAGUAAUCACUGCGCCCAAAACUUGUACCCAUUCUCCCAAGAGAAUUAUAACAGCAGUAAGACAACUUUACACAAAGGAAUUCAAUGCAACUAACGCAUAUUUUAAUGUUACCAAUUACCACAGGGCUAAAGGACCAAAAAGGCUCCGUUUAAAUAUAUUCAACCUGUGCCUACUGAGAACGGAUUGAGCCAAAGCAAAUGCGUUACGAUAAAGUGGUUAUUAGAUAACGAGGAAACAUUCCUGUAGAUUUUCUGUAGAGUUAUAUAUCGAAGGUAAACGGACACCUUUAGGACUCGGCGACACUAAGUGUCCGUCAUAGAGAGAUGUUCAUCUUAAAGAAAGUCAAAUAUAAGGAGCAAUGAAAGGCUGGGAUCAACCCGAGAUGUCCGUUUUACGGAAGUGUCCGUCUUAUAGAGGGGUUUCGUUUCAGGCCGGACGCCGGACGUAACGUCCGGUAGUGGACACACGUACACUCUUUCUGAUUGGAAUUCAUUUUGGAAUCAACUUAAAAAAACGAACAACUGCAGUUGAAACCGAUAAUUAUAAUUGCCAAAUGAAACAUUUCAUAUUUUGUGACCAUUUUUAAUGCCUUAAAAGACUUCCCAGUUUAACCAAUUCCGGUCGAGGGAAGGCAGGAAAUUGGAUUUUAGAGAGUCCAAUUUCUGAAAAUUUCCCAGGGAGCAUGCCCCCAGGCCCCCAUAAAGUUCUUGCCUCCGGCGCUCAACGUUCGCGUCUACGGCACGAACGGUGCAAGUCCGGCAGCCCAAUCUCUGCAUCCGGUUCUUCCAAAUGCUACCGAAAACCCUGAUUAUUAGAGGUGUCCGUUUAGCGAGAUUUGACCGUAUGCGCUUAAAUGUCACGUAAAAAUGGAAUGAUGGAGGUUGGAUACCUGAGUCUUCAAGCAUAAUUCAGCAUUACUGGCAGGUAAAUGCCCAUCGUUCUUCCCGAAAGUCCCGGAAAGUUUUGGUAAAUGGGAAACAACCUCUCCUACAAAAUUACUAUUUUUAAGAAACCGUUUGAAACAAUCUGCCCAUCUUGAUGACAGCUUCAGUAUCAUGAGUAGAUUGAGUGUAAAAGCAAGUAAUAAUUGUGCAAUAUAGCGCAGCACUGGCGAACUUCGCCGACGAGUAAGGAAACCUAACAGAAAGGUUAAAAUUCCUUAAAAGGACUGUUCUUGAGUCAAAUUAAAGCGGUAAAUGCUUCAAGUCCGACGCACUUUUGAAACUGAAGUGAUAAUACACCGAUCCAAAUCUAAACAGAAAAAGUAAAUUCGGAAAACUGGCCAAAAUAAAUGGUAGUAGAGCUGCCUCCUAAGUCGAGAAAUUUAAAGGUGACACCCGAUCUGUUUAUAGUUUUUAGCCCUUCAGUCCCGUAUCCAGAUGGAGGCCCGGAUAUUAACGCUUCAAUGUGAUAUGUGGUGUUCAUCUUCAUGUAAGCUCCACAGUCAAACGAUACUUCAAAUCCAAAAUAAUUACAACCAGAAUUUUUAUGGGGCAAAAGUUUUGAGAAGUACGUUCCUGACUUGGACGCUAUAGUUGUAUUAUUACUAGCAUUCUUUACCUCCAAUGUCACUGUAUAGCUGUUGUCCUUACUGCCAAUCAGGUAGACUCCAUACAAAGUUAUACUCCUGUCCACAGUAAAAGCAAGCGAGUGUUUACCCCCAUUAUAGGCAAUUCUCCAACACGAACCAGGCGCGAACACCUUGAAAAAUCGACAGUAGCGUUCAUGAAUAACAAGAGGCCGUCUUUGAGUCAUCGAGAACCCUACAGGAGAGGUCUGUAUUGUAAAACACUUAAACAAACCAGUUGUUUCAUCUGGAGUAAGAAUGUUGGUGUCAACGACAACAGAAGCAAACUCCUGUACUGACAUAACCGGGAAGCGUAUUGCUUUAAUUAUUUGUUCUCCCAGAAUUCUUCUUUUCGUUUCACCAUCUUCUGCCAAACCUUGCUUUUGACAUUGUUUUCCUGCCCACCGAUCUACAGCUUGAAACAAUACUACUUCUCGACUGUUCAGAGAGUCUCGAGUGACUACUGCUUCAAGUAAAGACUUGUCAAUUGUUUCAAAUCCGUUCGAUUCGACAGCCUCGACUGUCUCCUGAUCAAUUAAUUUCCAGCAUCGAUCUACGAUGACCCCUUCAUGAUACUUCUGUGCAAAUGACAGGAUAUCGAAAACAUUCGACGGAUCUAUCUUUUCUUUCAGAUAUUCCGUACAUUUAUCAGCUAGUGAAGGCACGAUGUAUUUCUUGGCCAAGUAGAAGACUCCCAUUACAUUACUUCCGCUUAAAUUCACUUCAUCGCUGUAAAUGUAACGAAACAACUCCAACAGACUCUCGUAAUUACAGUCAGGCAGUUCAAUAGUGUCUUUAGUCUCCGCCAGUUCGCCGUAAAACAUGGCUUCAAACACAGGACUGCUAAUCGCCAGCAUGAAUUUGUGAGCUGCAAUCACUUGGGUACUUUCGCUUUCGCCAUUGCUGUUUGCGGCAACAAACUUGACAUCGCUCAAGCGAUCGUUGUUGAGCAUAAACUUGGUUCUUUCUCUGAUAGUCGGUCUUGUUGUCUGCCAGUCUGCUUCGAGGGACAUAUUCGUCCUGUAGUAAGGCCGUUUUAAAACGUCAAAGUCUUUCCCUGUUUUUGUCGCUGAAACCCGCAACGAAGAUAGCAUGCAGGCGCUUGUUAACCAUGCAUAUCAAAUUACCAAACCUAAGAAGUCACGCGAUCUUUUGCGGAAUAUCACGCGAUGUCUCUAAAGAGAUCACGGCACACGCAGCGAAGUUUGCGCUAAACAUAUUAAAACUCGUACUUGGCUGCGGGGCUUGGGGGAGGAAAACAAAAGAAAUCACCCUGAGGUUCAGAGAUAAAUAAUACAUUUAUUUUGUUUUAUUGCCACAAUCCUUGGAGUUGGUCUAUUACGAAUGCCAAAUGAAUCUUUAUCAGUCUUCUCUUUACAAAUGCAAUGUUAUUUAUUAUGUACAAUCUAUUAUCAAGAAUUGUAAUCAUUAACCAUUGAAGCACACUAGUCGAGGCACCGAUGUCUUGCAAGUUACAUUCUUGAUCGACGUUUUGCAUCAUAUAUAGACAUUCCAACACAAAGUCUCCAUAGAAAAUAUUAGUUAUUUUUCCUUUUUCAUAUUGCUAGCCGGACGUGACGUAUGGAUGACUAUCACUCGAGCGUACGCUGACCAGCUAGCAUCGCAGGGUUCUUAUCAUCGUUCGGUUCUUUACUACCUGGCCUGUCACGACACGUACAAGGCCAUUGAGGUGUUCAAAACUCAAGCUAUGUACAGGUACGACUGUUUGAGGGGAAGUAUUUAUACAGGAUUUAGCACUGACUACAGUAUGAGACAAUUCCACUCGGAGGAAAGCUCAAUAUAGGAAAGAUUCGGGUGCAUGCCUUUGCUUUCCAAGCAUUUUUUCUCGCACAGUUAUGAGUGUUGUGAUGUUGUGAAGGAAAUGUAUGGUACAAGAUUUAGUGCUGACUACAGUAUAAGGCGAUAAACCGUACGAAACAGGAAAGCUUUACGUACGAAACAGGGUACAUGCCGUUGCUUAGGUAUAAAGCACAGGUAUAAAGUAGAGAGGUCGUAAAGUAGAGAAGUGCGCGGUACAAUAUUCAGUACUGACUACGGUAUAUGGCGAUGACACACGGAGAAAAAUUUAAUACAGGAAACAGGAUGAGGUGAGAAAAGUCGCAUCGAGGAGAGGGAAUUGCGAAGAGAAAAGAGGUCUUAACCAGAAAAUUGAACGAAUAAAAAACUAGGCAACUGGAACCCCAUAGAAACUAAAAUUUUUAGAAAAUGCGGACGAUCAAAUGAUCAAAUUCCACAUUUUGUUGAAAUACGACUGCUUAUUAAUUUACGCCCUCUAGCACUUCAGAGGACCAGUCCGCCUUUUUCAUAACGUCAUCAAGUGUAACAUUAACGCCCCUAACAAUUCAGUCACUAAAGAAAAGUGAACAAAUUGAGACAAUUGUCUUUCCAUUGUAUUUCAGAGAGGCCAUCGCGUUGGCCAAAGUUCGACUAUCCCCCCUAGACCCAGUUGUCUUUGAUCUUUAUAGUACCUGGGCUAGGAAGUUGGAGACUGACAGUUCCUUUGAACAAGCCGCUAAGUGGUAAGGUUACUGGAACUAUCCAAGUGUUCUUAUAUAUUUGGUCACGUGACCUAGAGGGCAAGAGGGCAUGGAAAGCAAUUGGACUUCAACAAUAAUGAAUUUUCAGCUAUUCUAGUUUCAUUUAAGAGUGGUUUUUUUUGGUUUGUUUUCAAUCUCAAGGUACUAACCAGUAAGCCCCGCGCAAGUAUGUCAUUACAUAAAUGUUUACUAUAGCGUGGCAUUCGAAUCGUCCCCCUCCCCUCUCCCCUCCCUUAUACGUGCUUAACUUUAUUAUGCCAGCAUAAGAAUGUCUUCAUGCAUCAAGCGUUCACAUGUUUAAGAGUCGUAAAAGAAAUACACGAAGAAAGUGUCGGGGGAAUGCGAUAUAUACACCAUGAAGGUACUGUAGUGUCUUCAGAAAAGCUCAGCGUGGAGAAGAACAUCUGGCCCUAGACUAAACGACGCUGAAAUGUGUUUCGGUAAUGGUUUGGUAGCCUCCCACACAGCCAUUUUUAUCUCGUCACGCAACCCUCCUCCCCAAGGAACAGGACAGGCGUUGCGUGGCGAGACAAACACGGCUGUGUGGGAGACUAAUGGUUUGAAGACAACAUAAACAACAAAAUCUGUGGUUGUGGUUGUAGUUACUUGGCAGUCCAUUCAUCAUGCGAUGCAGUGCGCGUAUUAAGCCGUCGUGGUGAUCAGUCCUCACUUAGGACAGCAUUACAGGUAUGGUUUAAAGGGUUUGUCUGUUAUGAGUUCCCACUUAGGUGAAUGCUUAGGUGCAUAUUUGCCCGAGCAAGUCCUUGAUUUGGUCUCUCCAUGUCAGAGAAUCUGGAUUUUCGGUAUCCGUCUAGGAAAUUUUUGCUCUGAAAUCCGGAGUCCGGGAAAUUUUUGCUUGUGGAAUCCGGAAUCCGGUAAAGUUUUGCUCGUGAAAUCUGGAAUCCGGGAAAUUUUUGCUCGUGAAAUCCGGAAUCCGGGAAAUUUUUGCCCGUGGAAUCCGGAAUCCGGGAAACUUUGCUUGUUGAAGCUUGUUGUUUGUAAUCCCUGUUCUCCUCCAUAUUAACCUUUUUGAUGAUUCUCUAGUUUGCGGUCUCGUUCAUUUUCGAAAUAUUUGUUUUCUUUGCGAAAAAUCGUAUCUCGAUAUCGUGGCAGUGUUCCUUUACAAUGUUUACAAGCUUUAUCUUAUCGUUAUUUGAUGGUUGCGUUAUACAUAGCCCGUUACGUCACGUAACGCUCUGCACUUGUAGGUACACAGCGUGACGUAAUAGCUACAUCGUUCUUUUUGUGUGCUCUUAUUUUAGGUUGCGUUACUUUCUGAUGAAUCUGAACUUGCCAUAUCUCUCAGCCUACGCCUCACGCAUUCUUAUUUGAUGGCGUCAAACUGGCAGGAGGCCCAUGAAGUCUUGACCAGCUGCCCGGGAGUAGAGGUGAAAAUAACCAAUAAAGCACUUUUCCACUACAUACCUACUUGCCUUCCAAUUCUUAAGGGUGCCUUACCAUUUCGCCCAGUAUUUCUAACUUAAGAAUAUAUCGUCAGAAGUAACAAUUUUUUCCUGAGACGAUAAGUUACUUCCAGCUUCCUGAUCUCAUAAAAUAGCGUCCCAAGUUGCAUUUUUUCCUUUUAACUGAAAAAAAAACUUCCGCAGCGCUACAGUAAAUAAGAGGUUUCGUUUGAAUGCAGUCGCCACAUGCAUCAUUUCAUCCACGAACAAAAGAGACUUCAAACAGUUAAAAAUACUUUACUAAUCUUUAUAAUUAAGUGCUUAACACUUUUUUCUUUAAUAUUUAGGCCCAUAUUUUGAAUCUGUGUGUACAUGAGCUGUUACUUGUGGCGAUGAUCGAAGACCAAAUCAUCAGCAAUGUCACAUGUGAUGUUGGAAAACAAACUAAGAUAAGUUCUUUUCUCAAAAGCGAAGAAAUAUCUACUAAACCUUGGGGUAAGUUUCAUUUUUUUAUUUCAAAGCUCUUCCCUGUCUUCUCGUUCCUUACUGCUCAGUGUUUUUUUUUUUCAUUGCUCCCUUUUUUCUUUGUCUCUUGUUUUGUUAUCUAGUUUUCAUGUUUUCAUGUUCUCAGUUUGCAAUUGUCACUCUGCACGUAGUAUCAUGUAGUUGUGUACAUGUAGUGCGAGCAUUUCUUUUCAGGUGGUCUCUUAUGUGCUAUUUCCAUCGUUUUCUUAUUCUUUUCUUUUUUUGUUCAUCCCUCUUCUUCCCUCUCUUUUCUCUCUCUUUUAUUCUCUCUUUCCUAGUGCUUCUCUAUUCAUUUUAUCGGUUAUGGUUCUCAGUUAUAGUGAGCCUGCGUGGUGUGUUCACAUUGGUUUAGCAAUGCAUUUGCCUCUGGAAAGCAAUUGCUAUGUUGUAUUAUUGUAUUAAGCCUGCGUGGUGUGUUCACAUUCGUUUAACAAUGCAUUUGCCUGUGGAAAGCAAUUGCUAUAUUGUAUUAUUGUAUUAAGCCUGCGUGGUGUGUUCACAUUCGUUUAACAAUGCAUUUCCCUCUGGAAAGCAAUUGCUAUGUUGCAUUAUUGUAUUAAGCCUGCGUGGUGUGUUCCGUUCGUUUAGCAAUGCAUUUGCCUCUGGAAAGCAAUUGCCAUGUUGUAUUAUUGUAUUAUAAGCCUGCGUGGUGUGUUCACAUUCGUUUAGCAAUGCAUUUGCUUCUGGAAAGAAAUUGCUAUGUUUCACCUUGGGUGGUCAAUAAAAAGCCCAGGAAGUGGUUCAUCGCCUGUGUCUUAGAGGCCUGGUAUCAAUGUGGCGCGUUCAAGCCUGAUUCAACAGCUACACUUUUUCAAACACUGAAGACAUACUACGAGAGUAUCUCCACUGGAACUGAGACUAUUCAAGAGGUACAGUGUAUAACUUUUGAACUCAUUAGCGCUGUCAGUGUGCGUGAGUAAACGCGUGCAAGCGCGUCACGUUUGGUUCUGGUUUUCGCUCUGAUUGGUUGAGAAUGCAGUGGUACGAGAAUGUUCAGCCAGUAAAAUAUCUCUUUCAUCAUCCAAAACCAAAAAAAAACAGAAAGCUACUCCAGUUGCCUUUCCUUCUUUCUCCAAAUGAAGAAAAAUUAAAGUCUUUGAUAUGAACAUGAUUUUUGUUUUUGAUUCUCCUGCACAUAAAACUCAAGUACAUAUUAGGAUUGCGCUUGUCCUCGUUUAAGAGGGUGGCGGGGAGGCGAUGGCAGAAUUCGGAAAUGGCCUACUAAACUCUGGUCUAUUCCCAGAGCCUUAUAAUCUGGUCACUUCUUGGGAGGAUUUGCAUUUUCUUUAAUACUGUUCCUGAACUUAUAAGGCCCAUCUCUCGCAAAUUGUGGCAGUUAAUGUUGUACAUUUUUUUUUAUUUUUACCCCAGAUAUUGUCCAGAAUGUCUCUAGAGAUAACUCUUGGCUUGCUAUCGGCGCUGACCGGCAACCUUUAUGGUACUUUCCAAUACUGGCUGCAGUCCCUCUCAAGUUGCAAC